AGCGGCAUGUUGUUUCGACGGUAAAUUGUGUCUCUGAGCCGAUUUUUAAUUCAAUUGUUUUGAUUUGCCGCGGAAUUAAAUAAUAAAACAAAAAAAUAAAAAGAACAGACAAAUAAAUUUAAAAAUAAAUACAAGUGUUUUCUGUUGUGAGUUCAAUUCAAUGAAUAUUAUUAAAAAGCGUUGCUAAAAGAAAAGAAAAAAAUAUAAAAUAAUAAAUAAAAAAAACGUUUAUUUAUUAACUCGAGUCAUGUUACCUCGCAGCUAUUUAGCCAUAACGCUUAUCAUAAUUAAUUUAGUUAACAAAUGUCAUUGUCUGAAUAAAGUUGCCUAUAAUCAUCUAGCCGAUUACGAUGAAGAAGAAGAUGUUUCGGUCGCGUUACAAAGUGAACGAGUGCGCAUACCUUGCGAAAUACCAAAUGAAGAUAAACUGGGCGUUUGCCUGGAAGUAAGUCAAUGUUCGGCUUAUUUACAAGUUCGUAAUUCGACAAAUUUACCCGCGGAAAAAGUGAACUUUUUGAAAAAAGUUCAAUGUGUUUCGAAUGUUUCGUAUGACGAGCGCGCCCGCAGUUUGGAACCAUUAGUUUGUUGUACGGCUAAUGGUCAAGAUUAUCGUUUUCCCAGUAUCGAAUUUACUAAAUUCGAAUAUAGACGUUUUCAAGACGCCACAGCACGUUUUAAAAAGAAAAAAUUAAAGCGUCGCAUACAAACGGUCGAACCUAUUGAGGGUUUCAAUUUGUUGAACGAGUGUGGCAAGCAGGUGACUCAUCGUAUUUAUGGUGGUGAAAUAGCAGAACUCGAUGAAUUUCCCUGGUUGGCGUUGUUGGUGUAUAAUACUAAUGAUUACGGUUGCAGUGGCGCCUUAAUCGAUGACCGACACAUAUUGACCGCAGCCCAUUGUGUACAAGGCGAAGGUUAUCGUGAGAAAAAGGGAUUAAAACAUGUGCGCUUGGGAGAAUUUAAUGUAAAAACUGAACCGGAUUGCAUUGAAGAACCCAACUAUUUGAGUUGUGCUGAUGCGGCUUUGGAUAUAGGCGUGGAAAAGAUCUAUGUACAUCCCGACUAUAAAGAGUAUUCUUUUAAUAAAUUCAAUGAUAUAGCGGUGAUACGUCUAAAACAUCCCGUCUCUUUUACACAUUUUGUUAUGCCCAUAUGUUUGCCAAAUAAAACCGAAGAUAUAACAUUUGAGGAGGGACAAAUGUUUUCGGUAUCUGGUUGGGGUAGAACCGAUUUGUUUAAUAAAUAUUUCAUUAAUAUACACAGUCCCAUAAAACUUAAGCUUCGCAUACCUUUGGUGGCGAAAGAAAAUUGCACCAAGGUAUUGGAAUUGUUUGGUGUACAAUUGGGUCCGAAGCAAUUGUGUGCUGGUGGUGAAUAUGCUAAAGACACUUGUGCUGGUGACAGUGGUGGUCCCCUAAUGUUUUUCGAUCGUAAACAUUCUAGAUGGGUUACCUACGGCAUUGUAAGUUAUGGUUUCACUCAGUGUGGCAUGGCCGGACAUCCGGCUGUCUAUACAAAUGUGGCCGAAUACUUAGAUUGGAUUCACUCUGUGAUCGAUAAAGUAACGUAAAGAGAGAGAGAGAGGGAGAGAGUUAUACAAUAAUACUUUCUAAUUGACGUUAGAAUUAUCUAAAACAAAUUGUGUUUAUUUCGAGAAAUGAAAUACAACUUGUUUAAAUAUGUACAAUUUGCAUUAAUUUAAUUAGAUUAAUUAUUAGCACUAACUUAGUUAAAUUAUUGUUAUUAUUAUUAUUAUUUUUUUUAAUAUAUGUUUAGCUGUUUUUGUAUUUGUUUAAAAUUGCAAUUAUGUUUUUUUGUGAAACGUGUGUUUGUUUUCUUAAUAAUUGUUAAUUAAUUGGUUUCUGUUUAAAUAAUUUUGUUCAUAAACGUAAAACUCUUAUUCAGGAUUAAUUUAAGACCCACCCACCUUUGUAUUUGUAAAUAUAAGAGAUUAAAAAUAAAUAUUUAUAUUAAUGUAGAUAAUGAAAUAUUAGCAUUAAUUUGAAGUUUAAUCAUUUAAGGAAUGUUAAGUGUAAA